ACAAACUGCAGCCAACCCUACUUGAACUUGGGUGUGUCACAGUGUAAAACAAUACACAGAUGGCUCAAACAGAACACAUACUUCUUGAACUGAAUCGUACCAGAUCACUUUUUCCCCUGAAGAGUCUGUGUCUAUACAAUGGAGACAUCAAGCUCAUCCAAGAUAUCCAAGGCCAACACCAGCUUCUGUCUGGCUUUUCUCAAAAAGCUGAGUGAUGAAGACAAGACCGGGAAUAUCUUCUUCUCCCCCUUCAGCAUUUCCGCAGCCCUGGCUAUGGUGAUGCUGGGGACAAAAGGCAACACACACACACAGAUUUCAGAGGUCCUCCGCUUCUCUGAGUCAGAGCAACCAAAUGAGCCGGAAGACCCCCAGACGCUGAAGCCAUCGCCGAUGCAAUCACAGAUGCAGACACGAAUGCAGAUGCGGAGCCAGAUACGGCAGACCAGCAGAGUCCCAGAGUAUCUGCGCAAGUGCUUGAAACCUGAGAAUGAUCCGGAUGAUAUCCACGCCAACUUUGGCCAACUUCUGAGUCUGCUCAUAAAGGAAGAUGCUCCGUAUGCCCUGAGCCUUGCCAACAGGCUGUAUGGGGAGCAGUCCUACACCUUUGUUGAGCAUUUUUUAGCAGAAACCAAAAAGCACUACAAUGCCGCACUGGAGCCUGUGGACUUCUUGGCCAAUUUAGAGGCAGCCAGGCUCAACAUCAAUGGCUGGGUGGAGCAGCAGACACAAGAUAAAAUCAAGAACUUGCUGGGCCCGGAUGCACUGGUCGCCUCGACCAAGCUGGUACUGGUCAAUGCCAUCUACUUCAAAGGCAAGUGGGACGAACAGUUCAAGGAGGAUGAUACUGCUGAUGCUCAGUUUAGAAUUAACAAGAGUGACACCAAGCCAGUGAAGAUGAUGCGUCAGAAAACAAAAUUCCAUUUCACCGGCAUUCCUGAGGCCAAUUGUAAGAUCCUAGAGCUGCCCUACCAAGGGAAAGAUCUCAGCAUGAUCAUCAUCCUGCCUGUAGAGAUAGAAGACGACACAACCGGCUUGGAGAAGCUGGAGAAGGAGCUCACCCAUGAUAAAUUUACGGAGUGGACAGACAGGAUGCUUCAAGUUGAAGUCGAGGUGAGACUGCCUCGGUUCAAGUUGGAGGAGACUUACGACUUGAAAGAUAUCCUGAUCAGCAUGGGCAUGGUGGACGCUUUUGAUCAUACAAAGAGUGACUUUUCUGGCAUGUCCCCAGCCAAUGACCUGGUACUGUCCAAAGUCGUCCACAAGGCUUACGUGGACGUCAACGAGGAGGGAACUGAGGCUGCUGCUGCCACUGCUGCUGUCAUAAUAGAACGCACUGCAUUUAUUACUGAGAACUUCAUCGCAGACCACCCCUUCCUCUUCUUCAUCCAACAUAAGCCCACCAAGACCAUUCUCUUUGCUGGCAAGUACUGCUCCCCUGAGUGAGCGCUACUGUACGUCCUGCAGUCAAAGACAGGUAAUGAGACAAUGGGCCACUGGGCACAGAUACAAAUGUUAAGGCCGACAUAAGAACAAGAUCUACAGAUUGAUAGAUACAUCGUUUUUUUUUCAUUGUGCAUCUGUUUGGUCAAUUGUAUCUCUUUAUAUUCAUGUUGUGUUUCUUUUGGUAGUGUUCUUUUUCUUGUUCUUUCAGUCAGUUAAUAUCUCUGUGGGAGUUGUGUGUCUCUUCUGGCAGGUAACCAUGUUGCUGAUGCUUGCACAAUGGGGAUAAGAUUCCAUCAAAAGACAACAGACACAAAGCAUGUUUAGAUUUCAGGUUUCUCUGGGUUUGAAAAUGUAUGGAAAACUUUUUAGAUAUUGUAAGUACAUGACUCCUCAAAAUACACUACUGGUCAAAAGUUUUAGAACACUCCAACUUUUCCAGAAUUUUAUUGAAAAUGAUGCAGUUUAAUGUCUCAGUGUACUCUGAAAUGAAUGCAUAUAACAAAUAAACAAUUGAAGUUAUAAAAUAAAUCAUAGAAUAAGUUUAGAAAGGAAAAUGUAUUCUAAACUGUUGACUCAUGGAAGUAGCCACCUGAACAGAUAGAACAGCUCAACACACUCAAUGGAAAUCAAAUAUUCUGAAUGUGGAGCAACUUGUAGGUUGUAAGCGAUCAAGAAAAGUUGGGACACCUGUAGGAAUUGGUAGCAACUUAGCAACUUUCAAGGCUUGGUCAACCUCCGUUGCUGCAGAACUGCUUUAAGUUUUUAACCCAUUUCUUGUUCCCUGAAAAAGGCCUUUUUGUAUCAUUCUGAAAUGUACAUUAUUUUCCAGUUUUGGUUAAGCUUACCUUUUUUUAUUUACCUCUGGCAGUUCACCACUUACCUUUGUACCCUUUCAAGCUGUUCAUUUGACUUGAACUGCUUGAAUUUCAAUAAAAAACUGGAAAAAUUGGGGUGUUCUAAAACUUUUGACCGGUAGUGUAUAUAACAUAGUGAUAUAACAUAGCUCUAGUGAUUUUAAGAUAAUUUGAUGCAAAAAUGUUACAUAUUGUACUUUUAAAGCUUGUUUACCACUGCAAAAGUCGCUGCCUUCUGUUAAGUCCUUGCAAAUGAUUUGAUAAAUGUCUGUAUGCGGAGUAAAUGUCAACAUUUGACUUUUAAUCUCUACUAUGCAUCAUGCUGUGUGCCAUUCUUGCUGAGCAGGUUUGUCCCUAUUGUUAAAGUCAAUAUGAUGAAGAAAAUAAAAUCAUAGAUUCACAUAAACCGA